CCAUCAGAUCCCUCGUAACAUAUAUGUCAACACCUAGAAAUCGAACCUUCGCUCGGAUGACUCUACAUAGAUCCUGAGGUAGCUACUCUUGAAUACCACUUCCUCCCCACCGCGUACAUAAGUACCUAGAUAGUUACCCAGCUAAAGAGCAGAAACCAACACUGUCCUCUUCCAAGGAGAAAGAUAAAACCGACUAUCCAGUGUAGCUACGCAGUUGCGUUACGAGUGUUAUCGAACGAUAGCGUCCUAUCCCGUGACAGCUUCCAACGCAUGCCAACAAUCACAUCAUGCUGGCAAACAAAGCCCACAAUAUUAACUAUCGCCCGUGAACCUGCUUCACACACGCGAUUAGAAAGAGAACACAACGCGAACCUCAUUGUCGCCUUUUUCCCUUAUUUCCAAACCGAAAACUCCACAUCCCUGACCCUCCCCUCAACCGUAUCUGCUCCUUCCCUCCCAAAAGUCGAAUCGUAUUCUUGUCCCCCACCCUCUUUUUCGACUUCUCGUUUCAACACGACCAAACAGCCCGAUACCCAAAUAAAACAGCCCCUCCUCCAAUCUUCUCCUCCUUCUUCUUCUAGUCUCAGUAAUGUGCCAUCAAUACUGGUACAUCUCAAAGUGUUUAGCUCAAUACCAUCAACCCGCAACAUAUCGUGGCAAGAAGCGCAACAGAUACUGUCGCGAAGCACUCAACGCCCGCCGCUUCGGACACUGCGAAGCCGGAAUCCAGAUCGUUAGAUUGCCUGACUAUACCGCCGCCUUCCGGUGCCAUUACUGCAGGCAGAACGCGGGAGGACUUGGAGGCGCAUCUUCGAACCCAAACCCACCUACACCACCCAACGACAAAAUCGGCAAGGAAAAGGCCCACGCCCACAGCAGUCUCCCUUCCACCCCGCCCCAAUCCUUCAUCAUCAUGCUGCUUCGCUCAGCCAAGGCCAAGGCCAAUGCCGACGCCGAUGCCAAAUGCAAAGGCAAGGCCGAGGAAAUAGACAUGGACAUGGACAUGGACAUUGACCUCCCCAGCAGUCCUGACAACCGCAUCAGCAACACUACAAAAACCACAAUCAAAACCAAAACCAAGGCCAAAGGCACCACCACCACCAAGCGCAAGCGCGCCAAAACCCCCGACCUCUUCGACUUCGUCUUCGCCAACCCUCUCGCCGCGCUAGAGAAGGAGUGGCUUGAAUCCCAAGCCACCAAUGCCAACAACAACAACAAUACUACUGGCACGCAGGAGGCCGACUCAGACCCAGACAAUGGAAUCUUCGUAGUCCGCAGCCCCGCAAAGCGAGACUCGCCCGCAACAACAACAACAACAAAAACGGCGCGGGGCAAACGCCCACACCGGCUGAACAGUCGGUCCAAGUCUUCCAAGCCCGACCCCGUCCCCAUGUCGGAGCGCUACCCCUACGGAUUCCCGGGAACACGAGAAGCGGUUGCUAAAGCCGUAUUUGGCGACGCCUCGGUGCGAUUGCCGGAUUUCGAGAAGCAGCAGAAGAAGGAAGAGGAGGAGGAGUAGGAGAAACAGGGACAGUAAACAAAAACGAAAUGAGUAAUUCUGCACAACGGUGUUUA